GGCAACAAUGGUAUCUGUCACCUGAUGGAAAACAUGAAAGCAAGAGAUCGUCCCUCAAUUUCCUAAAAAACUGCAAGUACAGUAAAAUAUUACAAGAAUGCAAUUUCCCACCAUGGAUGAAGAUGAUGGAGAUUUUGCCUCAGGAGCAGCAACAAGAUCAAGGCUUUCCAGUUUAUUUCAAAACGAAGGUGCUAGUGCUGAUGUAAAUCAAGCUUUGACAUUUACAGCUCCUAAACAGCCAAAAAAGAAUGAUGGCACCCAACCUACCUCUGGAGCACUAAAACUGUUCCAUGCUGUUGUAGUUCAUGCUUAUAAAUUAAAAGACGGAAAUUAUGUCACUCAAGGCAAAUUAGGCUGUGCAAUACUAGGCCAACAUGAAAAUUAUACAUACAAACUUCUGUUAUACAAAGGCAAACAAGUACAAGUUACAUUUUGCACCAUUUCUCCAAGUUUUUCAUUUCAUAUACAACCUAAUAAUUAUGCUACUUUCUGUGAUGAGAAGAAAGAAAACUGGUCCUUAUAUUUUGAAUCUGAAGUAGCUAUUACAGAGUUUUGCCAACAAGUUGCUCUUGCUAAAGCAAAUAGCCAAGGCAAAAGCAUUACCUCGUUAGUAACACAGGAUCUUGUUCUUGGUGCUGGUUCAUCUUUAGAACAAAAUGAUUCUGCUGAAGUAAAAUAUUCUGGAUGGCUAUUUCAAAACUUUACAUUUGGUCAGAUGUUUGAUAGCAAUAUGAAUACUGAUGCAACUUUCAGAAUAAAACUAGGAAAAAGCAAAGUAAUCAAGGGAUGGAGUGAAGGACUACAAGGCUGCCAAAAAGGUGGAAAACGUGCGCUAAUUGUGCCCCCUAAUCUUGCUUAUGGAUCUGAAGGCAUGGGAAGUACAGUUCCUCCGAAUUCUACUCUUAUUUUCCUAAUUCAUGUUGUUAAAGUAAAAUCUUCUCACGAGAAAUCUUAUUCUCCAAGUCCUAUAAAAAUAUCUGAUAAUGUUGGUGAAAAGAAACCUGAUGUUCCUCCUCGGCAGUCUUUCAGUCAAGAAGAUAACAUUCGAAUGAGAGGAGCAUCUAUAUCAGAACAACUGUCUCAAAGUCCUAAAAAGGAUAAAGCUCAAUUGAUAUCACGAAUGGCCAAAAUGGGAACAGCAACAUUACCUCUACAAGGUGCAGUUCCAGCUCAAGUUAGUAGUGACUCUGAAACUGAGGAUGAACUUCCUCCUGAAACAUCUCCUGUGCCUGUUGUUAGUAGUUCCAGAACCUCCUCUCCAAAAGCAUUUACUAAACCUCGAUCCAGAACUAAUUCUGGUAACAAAAAUAUUGCAGUUACUCAGCCAACUCAACCUGUACAACCUCAAUCAAUUCAAGGAAAUGCUCCAUUUCAUGUUAGUCAACAUUCUAGUCAAGUAUCUCUUUAUGCUCAGGCAGCUGUACCAUUUCAACAGCCUUAUACUACGCCAGCAACUACUUUUCCAACUUACCAGCCACAAAUGAGUGGUCAGUACCAAUCACCAUUCCCUCUUUCAAACAUUCCAGGCAUGAUGCCAGGCAUUCCCGCUAGUGUAGCCGAUGCCCAUUUGCCUAUGCUCUUAACUGAAACACGCAGCUAUAACUCUGAAGUAAGGAUGAGCCUCUCAAAAAUUACUGAUAAAGUAGACACAGUUUUGCAAAAGGUUGAUGAUUUGCGUUCUCAAGGAAGAUCACCAAGUUCAACACAUGUGCCUUUCAUGGAAAGCUCAAUAUUAAUGCAAAACAUUGAAAGAAUUAUACAGGAAAAUAGCAGGCUAAAAGAAGAUAUUGAAACAAAAAAUAACAAAAUCCAAGCUCUCAAUGAAAAAAUCUGUGAUCUCUUUCAAAGAAAUCAAAGGUUUUUUGAAGAGAGUAGUAAUAUGCUUGAACAAAGAAGUGAUUCAAUGCAAGCUGCUUCAUCUCAGUCCCAUGCGAAAGUUCUAAGUUUGGAGCAACAAACGAUGAAACUUUCAUCUGAACUUUCUGAAGCAACAGGAAAAUUGACAGCACUAGAAACUGAACUUGAACAGCGUCAAAAAAAAGAAGCUGAAUUGCAGAAAAAAAUCCUGGAAAUGGAGAGGGAAUCAAAGCGACAGGAAGAACUUUUAAAUGAAGCAAAAGAACGUGUGAAUGAUGCUGAAUCAGAAUUAAAUUCCUUGAAGGAUGAGUUGAAAAAUGUUAAACAUGAAAAAAGGCUUCUUUCAACAAAACUGGAAAAUGUUGAUGAAAAGUUUCAAGAAUUGCAAGAAACUAAGGACUCCUUAGAAAAGCUCUUAUCUGAAAACCAAAAGAAACUGCAAGAUGUGAAAUCUAAAAUGGAAGAAGAAUUGAGUGAAAUAAGAAAAUCACAUGAACAAGAAAUUUUAGUAUACCAAGACAAAUUGAAAAGAAAACCAUCAAUAGCUGAUGUAAACCCAACAGAACAAAAUGCUGAUGAAGUAAAUACUCUUAGGAAAGAAUUGGAGGAAAUUUUAAAAGAGAAAGAUAAUAUGCAGUUGAAUUAUCAGACUUUACAGAAAAGGGUGCAUGAAUAUGAAAAAAAUGCUACUGUGUCUGCUGAUAAACUUCAAGAAAUGAAAACAGAACUUGAAAAUUCUUUAGUGUGGAAGAAAAAGUAUGAAGUAUUUUAUGAAAAGACAAGAGCGUUAAAGGAUCGGUAUGAAAAUCAAAUUAUAGAAUUGAUGACUGAAGUUAAACAAUUGCAGUCUGUCAGGUCUGUAACUACUUCUCCUGAUUUUGCUGCUGAGAUAAAAAAGGUUAUGAAUAUUUUAUACAAGCUUCUACAAGGAAAAUUUGAAGCAAAUACACCUUAUACUGGCUCCAAAGUAUUAGAAAUGACUUUACAAGCAAUAAGGGGAUUAACCAUGCAGAUGCUGGAGAUGAAAAAACGUUCUGCUUCUGCAUCCAGUGAAAAAACUGAUGAAAAUGAAAAAAGCAUUGAAAAUUCAUCUUCAAAUAACGUGAGCAAUUCCGGUAAUAUAACUGAGGGUACAACUGCUCAACAAAAUGGCAUCAGCGAAACUGUUUCUCAUGAACUCAAUAGCAAUGUAGUUGAUACGCCUUCCAAUAGUAAUGUCAACUCAACUGAUGAAUCUAGUUUAGCACCAGAAAGCAAAGAAAGUGAUCCUCAUACAGAUAAAUUAGAACAUAAAAUAAUGGGAGAUAAUUCUGAAAUAAGUUCUGCUCAUGAAAUGGGUGAUUCUUCUUCUUUAGAUGGUAUUCAAAAUAAUGUUCAAAUAGACCCAACAAAAAAUAAAAAAGUUGAAACUAAUGAAAGAGAUUCUCCUGAGCAGUCUGAGACGAUGACACGCAUACCAAUUCACGUCUGCCGAAGCCUUGCCUGGAUUUCCUUUUUAGUUAUUUUGCUUGCUUAUGUGGUGUUUUGGAUUGGUGCUUGGGUACAUGAGCUGGAGGCCACAACCUCCCCCUCUUUUUGAUGAUGAUGAUGAGGAGGACGAGGAUGAUGAUGAUUGGCUUAAAUAAUCCGUUAUUCCUCCAUUUAUAUUUGAAACAAAACUUUCUGUGAUUUUGAGAGCGUAUGAUCUGUAAUAGAAACGAUGGAAUAUUUUUCAAACUUUUUGUAAUUUAUAUUACCAACUUAUAGUUAAUAAAUUUUUCUAUUGUA